AUGCAAGAAGGCGCGUCUUGGUCAGGAUGGGGCUGGGCGGGGAUUGGCUGGAGGGGCUGUAAUUCAGAGGUUUCCGGAGCUGCGGCGGCGGCGGCGGCGUAGACUGGGAGGGAGAGCCUGGGGUUCCGUCGUUGCAGCGGAGGGAGUGAGCCCGAACCGGAUCCUUGACGAGUAACCCGGCUCGGCUCUCCCUCUCCGCGUCUGCGAGGAGAGACCCUGCGGCCUGAGGGAGCCCGCGGCCCGUAACCCCGGAGCAACGCACCCCGGCCUGUCGGGCCUCAGCCCGAGAAACAGUUGGGACCCCUGAUUCCAGCAGGAUGGCCCAAUGGAAUCAGCUACAGCAGCUCGACACACGGUACCUGGAGCAGCUUCAUCAGCUGUACAGUGACAGCUUCCCAAUGGAGCUGCGGCAGUUCCUGGCCCCUUGGAUUGAGAGUCAAGAUUGGGCUUAUGCAGCCAGCAAAGAAUCACAUGCCACUUUGGUGUUUCAUAAUCUCUUGGGUGAGAUUGACCAGCAGUACAGCCGCUUCCUACAAGAAUCAAAUGUUCUCUAUCAGCACAAUCUGCGAAGAAUCAAGCAGUUCCUUCAGAGCAGGUAUCUUGAGAAGCCUAUGGAGAUUGCCCGAAUUGUGGCCCGGUGCCUGUGGGAAGAGUCCCGCCUCCUCCAAACUGCAGCCACUGCAGCCCAGCAAGGGGGCCAGGCCAACCACCCCACAGCUGCCGUGGUGACGGAGAAGCAGCAGAUGCUGGAGCAGCACCUACAGGACGUUCGGAAACGAGUACAGGAUCUAGAACAGAAAAUGAAAGUGGUAGAGAAUCUCCAGGAUGACUUUGAUUUCAACUAUAAAACCCUCAAGAGUCAAGGAGACAUGCAAGAUCUGAAUGGAAACAACCAGUCAGUGACCAGGCAGAAGAUGCAGCAGCUAGAACAGAUGCUAACUGCUCUGGACCAGAUGCGGCGAAGUAUCGUGAGUGAGCUGGCGGGGCUUUUGUCAGCUAUGGAGUAUGUGCAGAAAACUCUCACGGAUGAGGAGCUGGCUGACUGGAAGAGGCGGCAACAGAUUGCUUGCAUUGGAGGCCCUCCCAACAUCUGCUUAGAUCGUCUAGAAAACUGGAUAACCUCAUUAGCAGAAUCUCAACUUCAGACCCGCCAACAAAUUAAGAAACUGGAGGAGUUGCAGCAAAAAGUUUCCUACAAAGGGGACCCCAUUGUACAGCACCGGCCAAUGCUGGAGGAGAGAAUUGUGGAACUCUUUAGAAACUUAAUGAAAAGUGCCUUUGUGGUUGAGCGGCAGCCCUGCAUGCCCAUGCAUCCCGACCGGCCAUUAGUCAUCAAGACCGGUGUCCAGUUUACUACUAAAGUCAGAUUGCUGGUCAAAUUCCCCGAGUUAAAUUAUCAGCUUAAAAUUAAAGUGUGCAUUGACAAAGACUCCGGGGAUGUAGCAGCUCUCCGAGGAUCCAGGAAAUUUAACAUUCUGGGCACAAACACAAAAGUCAUGAACAUGGAAGAAUCCAACAACGGCAGCCUCUCUGCAGAAUUCAAACACUUGACCCUGAGAGAGCAAAGAUGUGGGAAUGGGGGCCGAGCCAAUUGUGAUGCCUCCCUGAUUGUGACCGAGGAGCUGCACCUGAUCACCUUUGAGACUGAGGUGUAUCACCAAGGCCUCAAGAUUGACCUAGAGACACACUCCCUGCCAGUGGUGGUGAUUUCCAACAUCUGUCAGAUGCCAAAUGCUUGGGCAUCCAUCCUGUGGUAUAACAUGCUGACCAACAACCCCAAGAACGUGAACUUCUUCACAAAGCCCCCAAUUGGAACCUGGGAUCAGGUGGCCGAGGUGCUGAGCUGGCAGUUCUCCUCCACCACGAAGCGAGGGUUGAGCAUCGAACAGUUGACUACACUGGCAGAGAAACUCCUAGGACCCGGUGUGAACUAUUCAGGGUGUCAGAUCACAUGGGCUAAAUUUUGCAAAGAAAACAUGGCUGGCAAGGGCUUUUCCUUCUGGGUCUGGCUGGACAAUAUCAUUGACCUUGUGAAAAAGUACAUUCUGGCCCUUUGGAAUGAAGGGUACAUAAUGGGCUUUAUCAGCAAGGAAAGAGAGAGGGCCAUCUUGAGCACCAAGCCCCCAGGUACCUUCCUGCUAAGAUUCAGUGAAAGCAGCAAAGAAGGAGGUGUCACCUUCACUUGGGUGGAGAAGGACAUCAGCGGUAAGACACAGAUCCAGUCGGUGGAACCAUAUACUAAGCAGCAGCUGAACAACAUGUCAUUCGCGGAAAUCAUCAUGGGCUAUAAGAUCAUGGACGCUACCAAUAUCCUGGUGUCUCCACUGGUCUAUCUCUACCCCGACAUUCCUAAGGAGGAGGCGUUCGGAAAGUAUUGUCGGCCAGAGAGCCAGGAGCAUCCUGAGGCUGACCCAGGUAGUGCUGCCCCCUACCUGAAGACCAAGUUCAUCUGUGUGACACCAACGACCUGCAGCAAUACCAUUGACCUGCCGAUGUCCCCCCGCACUUUAGAUUCAUUGAUGCAGUUUGGAAAUAAUGGUGAAGGUGCUGAACCCUCAGCAGGAGGGCAGUUUGAGUCCCUCACAUUCGACAUGGAGCUGACCUCAGAGUGCGCUACCUCCCCCAUGUGAGGCGCCAAGGACUGAAGCUGCAGCGAGAGAUGACGGAGGCACCUCUGUUCCACCCCUUAGACAGCCAAGCCUCAGAGCAUCUGAACUCCUCACUCUGUGGUUCCAGAUUUGUUUUAAUCUCCUACUUCUGCUAUCUGAGCAAUCUGGGCACUGUUUUCAAAUAGAGAAAUGAAUGAAUGUGGGUGAUAUGCUUUUAUCUAAAUGCAAAUAAGACAGCGUUCUCUGAGACUGUGAUCAGGGGAUGUGGAAGGGGUGGCAAGAUGGAGGAAAGGAAAGGAAACAUGUGUUUUUGUCCCCCUGCCCUCCUUUCUCAGCAGCUUGUUGUUGUUGUUCGACAAGUGCCUCCUGGUGCCAGCGGAUCCCUCUGCCCUUUUCUGUAAGCUAACGCCACAGGCUGCCUCCAGCUGCAUACCCUGGCACUGCACUUUUAACCUUGCUAACAUCCAAAUAAAAGAUAGGACUUUCAGAGCCCCUAGGUUUCUUUUUAAAUUUAAAGUAAUGAUAAUAAUUAAAAGGCAAAAACACUGUAUCAGCAUAGCCUUUUUCUGUAUUUACGAAAACUCAGUUAAUAGCCUCCUUGGUGCUUCAGGCAUUCAGCUUUCUUCAGGCUGACACUUCAUACAAACCCUGAAACGGGCCUCAGGCCCAGCCCUUAAAGGACCUCGGGAGCUGUGGCGUGGCCUUUGGUUUUGAAAUAGGAAGGUUGAAGGAGAACCUAAACCUUCUAGUCUUUUUAAAUAGAGUUUUUAUUUUCCUUUUAUUGUUGGUCUGUUAGUAGGUAAGGCUGGCAGAGGGGUACUUAUAACCUUUCCUCCCUUCCCUCUUGGUCAUGCGCUCCUAUUCAGAGCCCGGUGGUUCUGUGGGUGCCUUAUAAAGAAUGGGGUGACUCUCUUCCCCCCAGCCCCCACCUCUCUUAUGGCAUGGCCCCUUGCAGUGUCCAAAGGUCCCUUGUCCUGUUUGCUUUAGGAAUCUGGUCUCAGGACCUCCUGGAGUAAGAGGGAGAGAGUGACAGGUUGAACAUGACUCAGACAGUGGGGCCCCAGCCGAGGGUCUGGUAGAGCUCAGGGAAUGUGGCUGUCACCCCAGUUUCUUGGUGAUUGCCCACAGCACCUGUAAUUACUUCUUCACUUGGUUAACCCAGGGGCAAAGGCUUGCUGAUAAACUCCGUCUGUCCCUGUGUGAGGGAGCGUGCUCCCAGCUCCCCCCCACACUGGUGACUCUCCCGGCUGAGGCCCCACAGCUGAGGCAGAACAGGUCGAAUUUACUGUGCCCUUCGGGACACUCAGGAGCGGAAGAGGUGGUCUUUGCUCUUGGGGCCCCUCUGGCCCAGAGGCAUGGCUAUAGUGGGUGGUCCCAAACCGCCUGAGUCAGUUGAUGGGCGUUUCUAUGGAAUGCUGUUGGUACCCCAGUUAGCCAGUUUCUGAAUUAAGGGGAUGAGGACUUUCUCUCCAAGACACACAGGGGUUGCCCUUGGCCAUCCCUGUCUUCCCGCCUAGAACCGGUUGACAGGUUGCACAGAGCUCUCCCUUCUCCAGAAACUCUCUUGUUCAUAAUAAGCUUGACUCAUAACCUGAGAGAUCUAGAUCCGAGGGAUCUGGAGCUCGGAUCCGGCUUCUCUGGAGCAGAUGUACAGUUCAGGGCUUUGAGUAGCAUUUGCAUCUGGGUUUAGAGACUUGGUCAGCCGCUCUCUUAAAGAACCAAGUUCUCCAGGACCUGCCCGCGCUCUCCCUUCUGUCUGCCCCCGCCCGACCCCAGCCCAGCCGAGGGGUCCCAUUGAUCGCUUAACCUACUUAUACAGUGGUUUUAAGCUGUUGUCCUGGCCACUGCACCAAAUUCCAAUGUAUACUUCAUAGUGUAAAAAUUUAUAUGAUUGUGUGUGUGUUUUUGUAUAUUGCUGUAUCUACUUUAACUUCUAAAAAUAAAAAUAUAUAGGACCUGC